UGCCAGGCAUUCCAACCACAUGAAUCCUCUUCUCAUGCAACCAAGCCUAGAUCCUCAAACACAUAAAAGAGAGGCCAGCUCAAAAGUCUCCAUUGGAAGUGUCCAAUAUCCAGAUCUUUGCCCUUCUUCUCUGCAACCCUUUCUAUCAGAGCAAGGCAAACAUGAGUCGUCAGAUUUCAGCAGGCAGCCAACAAAAUACACAAAGCCUUUUGACCCACUAUGGAGCAAACAGCUCAAGCUCCUGGCAACAUUCUGGCUCCAGAAGCAGCAGGAAAAUGUCCAACUUUGGAGGAAGGACAACUUCAUCCCUGUGUGGAGAUCACAAGAGUGGCAGCUGUAGAGGUGGUGGAAUUCAGGGAGUAACAAGGAGAUACAGCAUCCAGGGAGUACAUGUUGAUCCAAAACUGUUGGAGCCGUUCCAUGUCAAGAUCUCCCCUGAGAUCCAGAAAGUGAAGUGCAAAGAGAUGGAGCAAAUGAAGUCCCUUAACAGCAAAUUUGUUGGUUUCAUUGAUAAGGUGCAGUGCCUGGAACAGAAGAACCAGCUGCUAGAAACUAAAUGGGCCUUCCUGCAGCAACAAACCAAACCACCCACUGAAAGCUUAGAGUGCAUGUUUGAACAAUACAUUGCAAGCUUGAAGAAGGAGUUGGAAUAUUUGCAAUAUGAGAAGGAGAAACUGCAAAGUGAUAGUGAAAGUACAAAGGCACAAACUGCAGAUUGCAAGUGCAAAUAUGAAGAGAAAGUCAACCAGCAUUUUGCAGCACAGAAAGAGAUUAUAGAACUUAGGAAGGAUGUAGACUGUAUCUUUUCAAAUAAUGUAGAGCUGGAGAGGAAAGUCAGUCUCCUGGACCAAGAGAUCAAGUUCUUGAAAUGUGUAUAUAAGAAGGUAAGUAUGGAGGGAUCCACUGAAGAGAUCCUCUUUUCUUCGUGUGACCACCACUUGGCCUAG